GAUCCUAAAUAAACAUAAACAUAAACACCUGAGGAUAAUGGGGAGGCUAUUAGUUUUCCAGGUAGUUGGUCAUGAACAAAAGUAGAGGGCAAGGUCGGAGUAUCCUCAAAGUUUAGGAGUUUAUAUUUUGGGAAUUUGAAUAUCUGGCACAUGUCAUGGCCAUUUCUUCCCCAAGUUUCAUUCUGGACAAUGUUGGAUGGACCCAAAUUUCCAACAAAAAUGUUGAAGUGCAAACAGUUAAGUGGAUGGUCUACAACAUUGUCAAGAGCCCCGGAAUUGUGUAAUUUGUUCAACUUCUAUGCCUCCUAUCAUUUAUAUAUGCAAUGCUUUCCCCCCUAUCUUUCUCUCACAGGUGCUUGAAUGUGUACUACUGCACCAAAGAGUGUCAGCGAAAGGACUGGCCUCAGCAUAAAAAGGUCUGCAAGAAGCUGCGCCUGGUGGCCAUUGACAGACUAGUGGAGUGGAUGAUGUUCACUGGAGACCUCCCAUUGCCCACGGAGAAGUGGUCCAAGUCAGCUGCCGAGGUGAAGAACUGGGACGACUGGCUUCCCAUGCAGGGGGACCUCACGCCACGUCUGGACGCCAUCUUGUCUGGUACCAACAUGGAAAAGCUUUGGCAGAACGCCAGCAGGCCGAGGCCGGAUGACUCCGACCUGCAUCAGUCUUUAUGGCGGAUUCAGAGCGAGUUCCUCUCUCGAGUUCUCUCAGUUGGGAUGGCUGUGCAACAAUUUGGCCUUGACCCUUGCACUAAACCUCUAACUAUUCACAUAGCAGGAGUAUCUCACAAUGAGACCAUGGGAGCCAGACUGACGGACUACGACGAGCUGAACAACAUGUUCCCCAGACACCAGGGCAUAGAGAUAGUCAUGGUGGGACCAGGUGUGGACGGGCCCAUCGUGAGGCCUCCUCUCAGGGCGUUCGGCCCCAGGCAGAGUGUCUACAUCAGCGCCUUCAAGGGCCUCUACCACCAGUUCUGGGAGGAUAUGAUAGAGAAAGAGGAAGCAGCCAAGCCAGACCUGGUGGUUGGAUUUCAUCCUGGUUUCCACGCUAGUCCGGGUCUGAUUGAAGGCUGGCUGCCCACCCUGCUGCUGCUCAGAGAUCUUGACAUCCCCACCUGCUUCACUCUGUACAGCGACAAAGAGCUUGAGCGCUCGCUGCAGAUCCUGUUGGAGUUGGAGGUACACAUCGAAGACAGUGGACCCAACCCCUUCGCCUCACAGAAACCAGAGCAGGUUCAGUCCACCCCAAACAAAACCCCGGUGCACUGCAACUCUCACUACAUCCGUUUCCAGGGACUGCUGCCUCAAGAAGAUUUAGAGGAGUCUGGGAUAGACAAUUAAGGGGAUCCCAAAACUUGUAAAUCCUGUAAGAUGUUGUUUUCAAAAUAGGAUUUGGGGACUUUAUGAGGUCAUUGGGGGUACCGGCUGCCUUUUACAGACGUUGCUCAGCUGUGCUGACAAAUGGCAAAUAUGGGUGCUGUCUGUGUAUGGAAAAGAGAGCAUGAAAGUGGGGGAAAUAAUGCACCUUCACUGCACUAAACACUCGUAAAUAAUUAAUUAAUAAGACAGAUUACAGAAAUCUCUCAAAGCUCAUUAUGUAUGGCACCUGAGGGCCACAGCAGGGUACAGAGGUUUUUUCUCUCCUCAUGCCCCGAGGUCGCAUCAAAGUUGGAUACAAAGGAUCAUGGGUGUAUGAGACCAAAAUGAUUUAUUUCAUCAUUUGAACGUUUUCUGUAAUUUCUUCUGUCGGUAUGUAUUCCCAAAUUUCACAAUAGCUGCAUGAACUCAAAUCAAAUGCAUGCUGAUGUAACACAUGAUCUAAGAUUACCUUAAUUAUACACUUUCACAGGGAGUAAAAUGUGUUUAUUUUUCUUAUUUGGAUUCUCUUUGUAGUUGUUGCUCGACUCUGAAUGGUGAGUCCAGAGACUCUCUAUAAGCAGUGCCUUUUCCCUGUUGCUUUACAAUAAAAAAAAGAGCUAAAGAAGCCAAACAGCAUUUAUUUUAGAGCUUUUUUCUGUUUUAUUCAGCGUUAAUAUCAGUUACACAAUACAAUUCAAUGGAGUUAAAAAAAACAGCAUGAGCUACAAACUUUGAAAUCACCCCAAGAUAAAACAUCACCUUAUUGUCUGACAGUCAUAUUAUAUACUUUACCUAUUGCAGCCACGUUAUAAGUGAUUGCACUAUAUUGCAAGGCAUGUUCGAAUCAAAGGACUUAGCCUCUGCAGCAGCUUUAAAAAUACCCCUUUGACUGCAAAACUAUUUUCUGUAAAUGUUUUAUAAAGCUGUUUCCGUACCCUCUGUCCUUGUUGGUUCAUCCACAUUGAUUUUGCUUUAAUCUUUUAGCAGGAUAUAAUAAAUCCCAUUGGAGACAUCUUUGAAUGACAAUCCUGCUUUAGAAAUGUGUAAACAUGAAAUCAUAAUUGCUCUGUUGUAUUUUAGAUUAAGUGAAAUCAACCAAUAUUGCUAAAUUGUAAAACAAUUAAACAUCACAUUUUACUACUGUC